AUGGUUGCUCUCACAGAAGUAAAAGCCUCCAACGCGCUCAUCAACGACGCCACGGCCCCGCGCGUCGCCGUAUUUGUCAGUGGCACGGCUGGCAUCGGGAAGCUCACGCUCAAGGCCCUCGUCGAGACGGGCGCCAGCACGCGAAUCUACCUCGUCGGCCGAAAGAGCGCCGAGGAGCGCACGCGCGCGUUCAUCGACGAGCUGCACGCCAUCAAUGCCCGAGCCGAAGUUAUCUGGACCGAAGCCGAAGUGUCGCUGCUGGCCGAGACCAAGAGGGUGUGCGGGCUCAUCAAGAGCAAGGAGCCGCGCGUGGACCUCCUUUUCCUCACCACGGGCUACGCGCCGUUUGGUAAGCGCACCGAGACGGCUGAAGGCGUCGAGGUCGCUCAGAGCCUCGAGUACUACACGCGUGUCCUCUUCAUCCAGCACCUCCUCCCUGUGUUGCGCCAGGCCGAGGCCCCCCGCGUCAUCAGCGUCCUGGCCGGCGGCAUGGAGUCGACGUGGGUCGACCUCGACGACAUCGACCUCAAGCGGCCCGGAAACUUUUGGGGCGGCAAGGCGCAGCUCCAGUACGGGACGAUGAACUCGGUGGGGCUGGACAAGCUGGCCCAGCUGAAUUCCGACGUGACCUUUAUCCAUUCCUCCCCCGGCUGGGUCAGCACGGGGAACGUGCUGAGGGGCCGGGAUGCGGGUUCGAUCACGGACUGGCUCAUGUGGCUCGUGCUCGAGCCGCUCGUCCGGCUAUUCUCCAUGACCGACGACGCGUCGGCACAGCGGAACCUGUUCCAGUGCACCAGUGCCUCCUUUGGCGGCCGCGGCGUGCCGUGGACCGGCAAGCCGGGCGUCAACACGCGCGGCAAUAAGGCCGCCGGGGUGUUUCUCGCCAAGUACACGUGCGACAGCGUCGAGAACGCAAAGACUAUGGCCGCUCUCCGGGAGAAGGCACAGCAGAAGAUUUGGGACCACACCCAGGAAAUGCUCCGGCCAUAUCUGUGA